CUAAGUGGAAGGAUUGCAGUACGUCUGCGGAGUCACUGUUACUCAUUAUCACGGCGGCGGUGACCUUUAACCAACGUAGGGACAAGAGCUCCUCCUUCAUUAGUUCACCCAGCACCACUUCUGCAUUUUGGACUUUCGAUACGCUUCUACUUAAACAGCAGAAAGAAAAACCAGCCACACAUUUUACUACCAGCAACAACAACAACAACAACGACAGCUCGUAGGUGAGAGGAUGAGCAGCAUCGCUUCCCCGGUGAACGUGGAGGACUGGAUCGCAGCCAACCAGAAUGCUUUCCUGCCCCCAGUGUGCAACAAGCUCAUGCACUUUUCCCAGGUGCUUAUCAUGUUCGUCGGAGGUCCUAACACUAGGAAGGAUUACCACAUAGAGGAAGGGGAGGAGUUGUUCUACCAGUUGAAGGGGGAUAUGUGCCUGAAAGUGAUUGAAAAUGGCAAACACAAGGAUGUGCACAUCAAAGAGGGAGAGAUGUUUCUGCUUCCUGCUCGGAUCCCCCACUCCCCUCAGAGACAGGCCAACACCGUGGGACUGGUGGUGGAGAGGCGGCGGCUGCUGACGGAGACCGACUGCCUCAGAUACUAUGUGGAAAACACCACUGACAUCCUGUUUGAGAGAUGGUUCUACUGCCAGAAUCUAGGAACUCAACUGGUGCCAAUAAUCAAAGAAUUCAUGGCGUCCAAGCAGUGUGCAACAGGAAAACCUGAUCCAAAUGAAGUCUUCAGAGAGCCUCCGUUCCAGUUGAACACUAUGAAUGUGAUGAUGCCUUUCUCCUUCAAGGACUGGCUGGACAAAAAGAGGCCUUCCUUAGCCGGCGGCGCGCCCAUCGACUUGUUCGGAGCUCAGUUUGAGACGGAGGCGAUGGUGUUUGGACCUGGACUGACCGAGACAUCAGUGCGACUAACCGACGUGUGGAUUUGGCAGAUGGAAGGAUCUUCCACACUAACUGUUGCCGAGCAGGAGUUCAGCCUUUCGGCAGGAGACAGUUUACUCGUCCCUGAGCAGAGCCAAUACCAUUGGCAGAGGGACAAAGGGACCGUCGCCCUGUUCAUCGUCCAAAACCCAGAGCGGAAGAGAUCCUAAACGUCUGCAACCAUCCACGCGUAAAAAUACAAUUUAUGUGAGGAAGAGGCCUUGCUGUCAAGCCUGCUCCUCCUCCUCCUCCUCUACCCAGGUCAGCUUCCCCACUAUACUGAUCACCGGCCUGGACUACAGCUCGCAGGAUUCCCCAGUCAUAUUAUAAAUGUAUUAACGGAUAGCCCCUUGAGAUGAAUCAUGUCGUUUUCGAGGGGGUCCAACAAAAAACAUACAACACAAUACAAAACAGUUACAUACAACAUACAUAAUACAUAAGGCUCUCACACACCAGUCCCCAAGACCCACCACACCCGAAGAGCACCGGUAAACACUGCAUAUAACACAAUAAUAACAACAAGAGCAACAAUAUUAAUAAUAGUCAUUGUCAUCAUCAUUAUUAUACAAUAUAUGAAGAAAUAGAUACAUUAUAUAUAAAAUAAAAAAAAAUAAAAUGAGAAGGCAAUACCACUAGGGGCAACUACAUGGUUUAUUGAGGUUGGAAUAUAGUGAGUUUUUAAAGAGAUGUAAUGAAUUGAGUUCUCUUACAUUGAUGGGUAGGUUGUUCCAGUCUGAUGGGGCUUUAAACUUAAAAGCACGUCUGCCAGUUUCUUUAAACGUCAAAGGAACAAAAAAGAACUGUUGCUGAGUGUUUCUGAGAGAAUAUAAGGAUGUAUAUGUAAUCAAAUAUUGUUUUAAGUAAGAUGGAUAACUAAAGUGGAUACAUUUGAAUAUGAGUUGGAGCCAGUGGUGUUGUCUUCUUGAGCUGAUCAAACCAGUUUAAUGAUCGAUACAUGGAGCAGUGGUGAGUUCGAUAUGGGCACCUUAAAACAAAUCUACAGAGACUGUUGUAAGUGACAUUGAGGAGUUGAAGAUGUGAUUCAUAAGUGUUCUGGUAGACAACAUCAGCAUAAUCUAAAAUGGGUAAUAACAGUUAUUGUCCUUGUUUGUAGAGUGAAACAUGCAUAAUGGUCUGCACCUGUGUCCUCAUUAACGUCAUGUGUCUCACCUGUGGCAUCCCUACUUAUACCCUGUGUCUCUGUAUCCUGACUGUAUAGUAUUGUCUUUUCGCCACAUGAAACCUACAUGACUAUCACGGUCUGUUAGGUCUUUCUACAGUGUUAUCAAGCAACAGCUGUAAUUAAAACUUCUUAAAUCUGACGUCUGCGCUCGAGUCCACCUGCUGUUUUCCAAACCUCACAGUUGAGAUUUACUGCUCUAUAAGUGCGAAUGAUAACAAGCAGGAAGGUGUGCAUCCUCUGCCUUAAUUCAUCUUUUAUUAAUACGUGAGUGAGCACCGAGCUAUUUCAGUAUUAAUGAGCAAAAUAAACUCGCUUUCAUCUUGUUGUUACAUGUAAUUUUUGCAAUAAAGUUGAAAAUAACAUUUAAAAGUUUGUGAUGUAAUCAUUCGUCUUAUUACAGCUUUUGUGAGACAGAUGAUAAUCAUAGACAAGUCAGUUCAGAGCUUUCUCUAUAAAUCCUUGGAGCAACAGUCGGAGUGGUGUAAAAGUUGUAUAAAACAAGUAUUGAUCAUGUAUUGGGAAUGGAACCCAGAGUAUACUGAUGUGGUUUAUCCAAUUCCAGCUCAUCAGAUUCUAAUUUAAUAAACACCUUGAAAA